AGUGCCUCCAACCACACUCCCCAGGCCGCCUUUCGCCUCCAAGGCUCCCAAGUCCCAAAUUCACAUCUCAAUGGAGGCUGGAGGCCUGAUUUCGGAGGCUGGCUGGACCAUGUUUGACUUCCCGCCGCAGGGCGAGGAGUCCGAUAUCAUAGCGCAGCUGCUUGGCACCUUCCCCUCCCAUGGCGAGGAUGCCCAGCAGGAUCUGCCUUGGUACCAGGCUUCCCAUCCAUCCUUCUAUGACACUGAUCUUAAUACAAGUGCAUGUAGUGAUAGCAAUGAUGGUAGCUUUGCUGUUCCAUCCGAGUGUAUGGGCUACUAUUUGGGUGAUUCAAGUGAGACCCUGGGCAUCAGCUCCUGCACUGCACCACAGGACCUGAACUUGGUCCAGGAGCAAGGUGCUAUCGAGUAUCUGAAUAUGAUUCCAACCAUUUCCCAUGAUUUGUUCGGGAACGGCGAGUCAAGCUGCGAGGUUCUCAACUCGGUCAGUGCUACUAACAAGAGAAAGCACUCGGUGGAAGAAGAAAUCGAGGGCCAAGCAAGAGGUCGGAAAUGCGCAAGGAAGGCUGCACCGAAGCGAGCAAAGAAUGCCAAGCAAACCGAAGCGAGCUGCUGCACCUCUGACAAUGACUCGAAUGCUUCUCAAGAGUCUGCGGAUGCUGGUGUUACUCCAAAAGGCAAGGCCCGGGCUGGACGCGGGGCGGCAACCGAUCCCCAGAGCCUCUAUGCAAGGAAAAGGAGGGAAAGGAUCAACGAGAGGCUGAAGACACUGCAGACCCUUGUGCCCAAUGGAACCAAAGUAGAUAUGAGCACCAUGCUUGAAGAGGCAGUCCAGUAUGUCAAAUUCCUGCAACUUCAGAUCAAGGUCCUCAGCUCUGAUGAAAUGUGGAUGUACGCGCCGAUUGCGUACAACGGGAUGAACAUUGGACUUGAUCUGAACAUGUAGAGAUGAUUUUGGCAGUCUCAAGCGGGAACGCAGUUUGUGUUUGAGAUAAACGAAAAACGAGUUCUCCACUAACCAUUCAAUGUACCUGUGUUACCAUGUGUCGUUUUGGAAGCUGUUAUACAGAUCAUCAUAGGCGCAGCAGUAGCAUACUUAAACUUGUGAAGAGGCCCUCUUAGAGGAUCAGUAAACUGAAGAUAAUACUACCAUUUUCUUGACAUUAGCAUGAAAUGCAAGAUCUUGAAAACUUGUAGAUUUGUAUUUGUUUUCUUUGGAGCAAAUAUAGUUCUUUUG